GGAGGUGGCGGCGGCGGGCGCGGCGGCGGCGGCGGAGGGUAGGUUGCGCCCGGGACUGUCUGGGAAGCUCCGCGGCUGUGCGUGUGCGAGGGAAGGAGCGCCGCGGGAAGGCAGAAGCGGGCGCGAGCGAGCGAGGCGGCAGGACGUCUCCGGCGGCCCGGACCAGCGGCGGCGCCGGGUGGGGGAAGCAGCGGCUGCGGCGGCCGCUCUCCGCCGCCGGGGACGCCCAGGCGCGGCCGGGAGCGCUGACAUCGGCGGCCCUGCCUCUCCCCUCUCGCCCCCGGCCCUCCCCAUGUGAUCGGUCGUAGUCCCGGCCGUGUGUGCGCGCGUGGGGCUGCAUUCCGCGGUGCCGAGCGCCGUGCCAGGGUGGGCGCUCGUGUGUGCUCCUCUCCUCCCAUCCCCCACUGCCCCAAGAUAAAAGAAGAACCGAGAGGCGUGCUUAGAAAAUAAAUAAAUAACCAUCACACACGCGCAGCCCGGAGCGGCGGCGGCGGAGGAGGAGUGAAGGCGGCGGCGGCGGCGGAGGAGGGACGCGCGGGGAAGGCAGUAACUUUAAAGCCAGCGCAGAGCCCAGACCUCAGCCGAGCGGUGUGCAGCGCGGCGGCGGCGGCGGCGGCGAGCGUCUGGCCCGCAGGUCCGGUCGGUGUGCAGCAGGACGGACGAGCGGCGCGUCGCUGUCCCCCGGCGACUGGAGAUGUCCGAGCCCAAAGCAAUAGACCCCAAGUUGUCGACGACCGACAGGGUGGUGAAAGCUGUCCCAUUUCCUCCAAGUCACCGGCUUACAGCAAAAGAAGUGUUUGAUAAUGAUGGGAAGCCUCGUGUGGAUAUCUUAAAGGCACAUCUCAUGAAGGAGGGCAGGCUGGAAGAGAGUGUUGCAUUGAGAAUAAUAACAGAGGGGGCUUCAAUUCUCCGACAGGAAAAAAAUUUGCUGGAUAUCGAUGCACCAGUCACAGUUUGUGGUGACAUCCAUGGACAAUUCUUUGACUUGAUGAAGCUCUUUGAAGUGGGGGGAUCUCCUGCCAACACUCGCUACCUCUUCUUAGGGGACUAUGUUGACAGAGGAUACUUCAGUAUUGAAUGUGUGCUGUAUUUGUGGGCCUUGAAAAUUCUUUACCCCAAAACACUGUUUUUACUUCGUGGAAAUCAUGAAUGUAGACAUCUAACAGAGUAUUUUACGUUUAAACAAGAAUGUAAAAUAAAGUAUUCAGAACGUGUUUACGAUGCCUGUAUGGAUGCCUUUGACUGCUUGCCCCUGGCUGCCCUGAUGAACCAGCAGUUCCUGUGUGUACACGGUGGUUUGUCUCCAGAGAUUAACACUUUAGAUGAUAUCAGAAAAUUAGACCGAUUCAAAGAACCACCUGCUUAUGGACCUAUGUGUGAUAUCCUGUGGUCAGACCCCCUGGAGGAUUUUGGAAACGAGAAGACUCAGGAACAUUUCACUCACAACACCGUCAGGGGGUGUUCGUACUUCUACAGUUACCCAGCUGUCUGUGAGUUCCUGCAGCACAAUAACUUGUUAUCUAUACUCCGAGCACAUGAAGCCCAGGAUGCAGGGUAUCGCAUGUAUAGGAAAAGCCAAACAACAGGCUUCCCUUCUCUAAUUACAAUUUUUUCAGCACCAAAUUACUUAGAUGUGUACAAUAACAAAGCUGCAGUAUUGAAGUAUGAGAACAAUGUUAUGAAUAUCAGGCAAUUCAACUGUUCUCCUCAUCCGUACUGGCUUCCAAACUUCAUGGAUGUUUUCACUUGGUCCCUGCCAUUUGUUGGGGAAAAAGUGACUGAGAUGCUGGUGAAUGUCCUAAAUAUCUGCUCAGAUGAUGAACUAGGGUCAGAAGAAGAUGGAUUUGAUGGAGCAACAGCUGCAGCCCGCAAAGAGGUGAUAAGGAACAAGAUCCGAGCAAUAGGCAAAAUGGCCCGAGUGUUCUCAGUGCUCAGAGAAGAGAGUGAGAGCGUGCUGACGCUGAAAGGCUUGACUCCCACGGGCAUGCUCCCCAGCGGGGUGCUUUCUGGAGGGAAGCAAACGCUGCAAAGCGCUACUGUUGAGGCUAUUGAGGCUGAUGAAGCUAUCAAAGGAUUUUCACCACAGCAUAAGAUCACUAGCUUCGAGGAGGCCAAGGGCUUAGACCGAAUUAAUGAAAGGAUGCCACCUCGCAGAGAUGCCAUGCCCUCCGACGCCAACCUUAACUCCAUCAACAAGGCUCUCGCCUCAGAGACUAACGGCACGGACAGCAAUGGCAGUAAUAGCAGUAAUAUUCAGUGACCACUUCCCGCCGGGGCAUGAUGGGGAUUGCUGCACAGAGCAGUGGGAUGUUCUUGCCUCUGAUGGUAGUGUCUUUGCUCUGGGGGCCAGGAAUUGGAUUCAGUUUACACUAUCAUUAAAAAAGAGGGAGAGAGAUAAUAAACUAUAUUUUGGUGGGGAUGGUGAUUAAACACCUCUUUUGGGUAUGCCUUUUCAAAAUGCUUAUAGGGAAAAAAAUUUAAAAGGAAGCUAAUGCUAGUAUAUACUGCAAUGUUAGGUGAAUGAACAUGUUUUCCUACUGCAUUGGGGACUUCUUGAUAGGUUAAUGAAAGGUCUUUUAUUAUUAUGUUACUGGACAUGAAAACUUUGUCUAAUUUCUUACUCUAUUGUACGUUUACAGUUGCAGCACUAAAAAUGGAUGACAUCAAACAUUUUUAACAAAAUGAUGUACAAACUAAAUAAGGACUAUUUAUUGAUAAUGUUUUGCUACUCUUGUCAGACAAUGGCUAUAAAAUGAAUUAGGCAGUCUUAAAAAAAAAAGAAAAAGAAAAAAAAAAAAGAAUGUUGCAAAUUUGUUAAAAUGCCAAAAAGGACAGUUUAAUUUUGUACAGAUUAUGCUUACCUCAGGUUUCUUUAGUGUGCUUGAAUGCCCUUCUUUCCAGAUAACAUUCAUCUUAUUAAUUUAGCAAUGAAUAUCUUAUUUUUCCUUUUAUCUAAGUUUUAAAAAAACUGGAAUAAUUACAUCUAUCUUUUUUUUUUUUGCUGUUUAUAUUUAGGGGUUUUUGUUGAUAAAUCAAGUCUUGAUUGUGGCUUGCUGAAUUAAAUAUUUAUGAGUGGUGCAUUUUUAAGUAUAGUGAACAAGACACCAUAUUAAGUACAGUGAUAAAGCAUCUAUAUUCUGUAAAAAAAAAACUCUGCCUAUGCAUGUUUUUUAAGAAAAAAAAAAUGGCUGUAUCGGCCUGUAUGGGACUGUACUGCGCUUAGUGGUCUGACAUAUACUGGAAAUGUAUGUAUACUGGCUUACUUUAUAUUCUCUAAAAUGCUUAAUGCCUUUGAAAUUUUGUAAUCAAAAAAGCUUUGAAAAAAUCUAAAGGGGAGAGUAUUCUUAAAAGUUUUUAACAUAAGCUUGUCAGUGCACACAUAGAUGGUUAGCAUGUUUAGCAAACCUUGUGAAAUUUAAAUAAGUUUGUAGUUACAUGUGAAAUUCUAAAUGCAUGGUAACUGUUAAUGUCAUGAUGGUUUAGUUACUUUGUUCUGUUCUGUCAUGUGCCACAAAAUAUGUACUUUUUUCACUUUUUUCCCUUUGUAUAUCAGUUACGGGUUACAACUGGUUCAUUCUGAAAACAACAACAAAAGUCCAUUCAUAUUUUUUAACAAUUGUAUAAGUGCCCAAGUAAUUCACUACAGCCUAAAGCCUUGCCUUUGUAAUUUGACUUCUGAAAUGUUGGCAAUCAAAGCAUGCACUUGUAACAAUGAAAAAGAAAAAGCAUUUUAUAUUACUACUCAAUAAAAUGUGCAUGAACUUAAAGAACUCUCAUCCUUUCCCUGAGUCUGCUGAAGGGAUUCACGUGCACAACCACCAUGCCGUCUUCUAGGUGCUGGGCCCACCACCGCGCAUCACAGAUCUCCUGAACAGGCUUCUCCAGGGCCUCGUGAUCUAAGGUGUGGUGCCUACUUCCUCUGUAAGAAUCUUGGUGGAUUUGUGUCCCAAAUCAGAACAAGAGAAAUAUAUUUAAAGAGCAAAUGCCAUCUUCUGGCUCCCACAAGUGUGGGAGCCAGUUAAGAAAUCAGAGCAUUUCUUUUUAUUGAAAAACAAAAAUUGUUAUCAGGUUGUUUCAGUUGUACUGGAUGCCCUACCUGCUAAGGCAAAAAGAACUAAGCUACUAAGUGAAUUUUCAUCACAGAAGAGAGUUGCAUUUGUAUUGAUACAAAAUUUGUAUACCAGCACUUCAGCUAAUAGCUAAUCACCUAAAGAUUUAAGAUACACCAAAUUUCAGUUUGUUUCUAACAUUGUUCAUUUUUGGUGCACUUUGCUUUAUGUAAUAAAGUAUGCCUGUUAUAUUAAAUAAUAAGACUAUGGAAAUUAGUGAUAUAGUAUACCAAAACAAAGAUGUUCUAGAUACAUUCUCUGACAAAGACUAUCCCAAACUUAUUUUAAUGAAUCCAGACAUUUUUUCCUGUGGAUAUUUUUCCAUCUUAAACAAAUGACAUCCAAGGAAAAUAUUUACAUGCAACUUACUAGAUGAUGUGAAAGAAAUGGUAAUUCUGGUACCAAGGUGUUUCUUUUCUUUCUAUAACUGCAGAGAAAAUAUCCUGACAAGAAAAAAAAGUUUUGUUUUUUGGAUUCCUUUCUUUUACAAAUUGUGCUGAGACAACUAUGGCAUAGAAAUAAACAUUUGACAUUAAAAUAA